GUGAAGUCGGCUCAGCGACGUUGCGUGUUUCAGUGAAGCAAUAGGAAAAAGUUAACAUCCAUCACAAGCUUCAAGAACAAAGUUUCUCAUGCUGCCUUGUUUACAUAAUGGACGGAUACAGCAUAUCAUCUGCGUCAGAGGAAAUCGUUCCAAAUGAACCGGAUAGUUAUCGGCCACCUGCCGAGCUGUACCCUUAUCUCACGACUGUGGGGGAGAUUUAUGAAGACCAUAGAUGGACCUUCCACUCGGAGCGCGUCCAGCCGACGGACUUUGAGAAUUCUCCAGUGAAUCACCUCAUUGAGCUUCAGUCUGUGUCUCCUCAACAACUGGUCCAGCCAGCGUACCGCUACAGCAGCGAGUCGAUGCCCCUUCACCUGGACCCACCACUCGUACCUCUCUCUGUGUCACCACAAAUUCCAUAUUACACCCAAUCGCUGUGCUACCAGUACCAACCCUCUGCCUCGCCUGGACAUUACUACUCAGAAGAGGAACAAAGAGGUAUCAGUCCUCCGCUUGAGGUAUCAGACGGGGAGGAACUUGAAGACCACAACCGCUCCUCCUUCAGGAAAGACAUUAGCAACAAGAAGAAAAUCCGCUUGUACCAGUUCCUCCUGGACUUGCUCAGAAACGGGGACAUGACUGAUAGUAUCUGGUGGGUGGACCAGGACAAGGGUAUCUUUCAGUUCUCCACUAAACACAAAGAAGUCCUGGCCAGCCACUGGGGUACUCAGAAAGGAAACCGCAAAAAAAUGACCUACCAAAAAAUGGCUCGAGCUCUGAGGAAUUAUGGUAAAUCUGGAGAGAUUAAAAAAGUAAAAAAAAAGCUUACCUAUCAGUUCAGUGAAGAGGUGCUGAGGAAUCUCUAUUUACGCCAGUAUCCUCACUGAUGAGGGAACACAGGCUGUCUUUCAUGAAGCUGAAAUCACUAAACUAGCCAAGAUUGGGUUUUUCCUGUAUGCAUUUAAAUUUUUCUACCAAGUUUUCUUACAUAUUUAUUUUUGAUGCCAUUAUACAUCCUGUACUAUGCCAUUUGCCUAUAAACUUCUUCAUUUCAGACUCAAAUGUAGUUUGUGCAUGUAAGUGUUUGUGUCCAUGAAUUAAAAAGAUUAUUAAACAUCAGGGACAACAAAAAACAACACUGUUUUUAUAUAAACCUUUGUCAUGAA